AAACCGGUGGGGAAGUUCCAGAUGGCCAUAUUGCGACGUGGAGCAGAUGUGCCAGGUGCAAGUGGACGGACUGCUUGUGAGUGACCGUCCCCACUGCACGUACCUACAGUAUGUAGGUAUAUAUGCCCCCGGCGGUCGGGGGCAGUCCCUUGCAUCCGACAGUCCUUGCAUCAACCAUGUCUUCGCAAUUCCAGGACCUGGUUCUCGAUUCACACCGUGCAUCCGCGAAGGAAGGCUCCUCGAGUAUGAACCUACCGUUCUACCUCACCAAUUGCGGCCUCGCACCGCUCGCCACACGUGCCAUAUCGACAGAGGAUCGGGAGCAAGCCGCGUCAGCCACUCAGUUACUUGAGGAACUGAAUACCCACAACUUUGAGGCUUUUGCACUAUCAAACCUGAACGAAUGGGCUAGUGAAAACCUCCCGCAGUCCGUCCGUGAUGCCGAACCCUUUCGAACUUUCAUGGCGAAACGACCCGCAGAAUACGACCUCAGCUUCUGGGGCGCGGACGACCCUAUCAUGGGAGGGACAGCCCCCGUGCUACCAGGCCCUAAAUGCUCCGUCCCAAAUCCUCCUCGCGAGACAGAAGUCGAUCAGGAGGUCUUUACCACCAUCAAGGAAGCGAUGGUCCUGCGCUACGUGCAAAACGCCAUGGACAAGAUCGAUCCUUUCCUCUACCGCCUCCUGCCUGACCGCGACGAGCUGCGCCAGAAUGUCACCGCACGACUGCUUUCCCUGAUCACUGUAGAUAUGAUUAUAGACGGUUCCGGAGGCGAAUGGUUCGACGAAUGCAUCCACGACGUUGUGCAGAGCUCGUUUAGAGACGAUUUGGCAUGCGCACGGCUUGCGUUUGUGCUCCAUAUGUUACCCGAAGCGCAUAGGGACACCCUCCGAAUCAUAAUGGACAUCUUGAUUUUGGAUGCGUGGAAGGUGGACGAAGGGCUGUCGGAGAAGAACGCAGACCAUAUCAUGGAUACUGUGAAACAGGCGAGCAAGCUUUUGUCGGUACCAGCAGCUUAAGUGCUUUAGCGACGUUUCAGAGUCUGCCGGAUGUCCGUAGACAUGAUCUUUUGCAUGCCUCCAUAGGUCGUACAUUACAAAACGCCCAUGUUAUGUUGGUCGUGUGUUUUCUCAGGCGUCUA